UGUGUAGCUCAGUAAGGAGGAAAAUGUUUGUGUUUUUCUUCUAAGAGUCAUUAUUUAAAUAGGCGUUGCAGAGGAGUACAAAAAUAAAUCAAACAGCCACCAUCUUCAGGUGUUAAACUAUAAAGGUUUAUGUAAAAGCAUUUUCCAAAGAAACAUUUUAUUACCUUAUUAUUAUAAUGAGUACCGUGUCGGGUUAAUCAGCCUACACCACUCUUGAUCAUUAUUUUCCGUGUCCUUUCCCAGUUCUUUAAUCAGCACACGGGGUGAGUCUCGCAACACCGGCGUGCUCGCGCAUGCGCGCACAUGCCCCGAUCCAGUCCCGCGCGCUCGAUAAAUACCGCGUCGCGCUGAAGUCCUGAAGACACGCGCCAUCUCGGUCACGCGUUCACGCGCCGCUCUCAGUGUUAGAUGGCAUGUUUUCGACUAAGACAAACGGACCACGCCGAGGACGCUCUUUUGACUCCAUUCAUAAAUAUCACGUAGAAAAUCAACACAACUAUGAGAUGAAUAAAUCCACAUUUAAUCAUCCUAACGAGAACCAAGACGAUUCCCUGUCCUCCAAAAGAGAACAUGCAGCAAUUGUCUUCUCUCUGAAGAAUGAAGUCGGUAACCUCGUAAAGGCAUUAAAACUUUUUCAGGAACAUCAUAUCAACCUUUUGCACAUUGAGUCCCGGAAGUCAAGGCGGCGUAACUCUGAGCUGGAGGUGUUGGUUGACUGUGACAGUGAGAGAGAGACGCUGAACAAAAUCAUUCAGCUUCUGAGAAAACAAGCAAACAUCAUCACCAUGGACUUACAGGACAGACAGAGCACACCUGAAGAUGCUAUCUCAGAAGAGCCCUGGUUCCCCAAAAAGAUCUCAGAUCUUGACAAGUGUGCUAAUCGUGUUUUGAUGUACGGUUCCGACUUGGACGCUGAUCAUCCUGGAUUUAAAGACAGUGUCUACCGUAAGAGAAGGACGUACUUUGCUGACCUUGCAUUGAACUACAAACAUGGAGACCCGAUCCCACGUGUGGAAUUCACAGAGGAGGAGGUGAGGACGUGGGGCGUGGUGUUCAGAGAGCUGAAUAAGCUCUACCCUACACACGCGUGUAGAGAGUACCUGCAUAACCUGCCUCUGCUCACACAGCACUGCGGCUACAGAGAAGACAACAUCCCUCAGCUGGAGGACGUAUCCCGCUUUCUCAGAGAGCAAACAGGCUUCAUAAUUCGCCCAGUAGCUGGAUAUUUGUCACCCCGUGAUUUCCUGGCAGGUCUGGCAUUUCGUGUGUUCCACUGUACUCAGUACAUUCGUCACAGUUCUCAUCCACUCUACACACCUGAGCCGGACACAUGUCAUGAGCUGCUUGGUCAUGUGCCCUUGCUGGCAGAACCAAGUUUCGCUCAGUUCUCUCAGGAGUUAGGCCUGGCUUCAUUGGGGGCCUCUGAUGAUGCUGUACAGAAACUGGCAACUUGCUACUUCUUCACGGUGGAGUUUGGCUUGUGUAAGCAGGAAGGCCAGCUUCGAGCAUACGGGGCUGGUCUUCUCUCAUCCAUCAGUGAACUUCAGCACGCACUCUCAGGCAGUGCCAAAAUCCUGCCUUUCGAUCCAAAAGUGACAUGCAGACAGGAGUGUCUCAUCACCACCUUUCAGGAGGUCUAUUUCAUAUCUGAGAGCUUUGGGGAGGCCAAGGUUAGAAUGAGGGAAUUUGCUAAGACCAUCAGGCGGCCAUUCACUGUGCGCUACAACCCGUACACACAGAGUGUGUGUGUGCUGAGGGACAUGCCCAGCAUUAACAGCGUGGUCGAGGAGCUCCGACAUGAACUGGACAUAGUUGGAGAUGCACUUCAAAGGCUCAACAAAUGUAUGGGUGUCUAAAAUCACAAUGCACUGCCUAUAUCAAGGGUCAAACUCCAGUCCUGGAGGGCCACAGCAUGGCAGAGUUUAGUAAGCUUAGAGGGUUUGAUAAACAGCUAAUGAGUUAAACUGCACAUUCUCUGCAGUGUUGUGACCAUGGUGGGCUGGAGUAUAUGAUCAUUGGCUUAAAUCUUGUCAAUUAUUUUUCACAUUGCAACUGCAAAUCAUUUAGUCACAACCAUGUUUAAGGCAUAGCAUCUCGUUUUCUGCACUGAAAAAUCAAUGCCGAUUGAAUGCCAGCAUUACGCGCCUCAUUGAAUAUAAAUACACUUCAGUAAAUGGUGCACACUUGUCCCGAUCAAUUAAUGCCAUUAAUUCUCUCUGGUAGAUUCAGGCCAUUUUUACAUCAGUUUGAUGUACUAAUUAAAUAAACACAAAACUGGUCAAAGCCUGUAGAGAAUACAUUUAUAUAGAGAAGACAUGAAUUAGCCUCACACAUAUAUCUGGGUUGAUAUGAAACUAUUUAAAUGACAGUUUAUAUAAAAGACCUUUUUUUCUUUUUAAAUGAUACAUUAUUGUAAUUAUAUAGAGAUGAUAUGUUGCUUGUUCUCAUUCCUGCAGUGUUUGGGUUACAAAAUGUAUUCAAUUCAAAAUUCAAAAUAUCUCAAAUAUAUUGAUUUAAGUGAUCAUAUGUUUACAUAUAUUCAUGUGUGUGUGUGUGAGAGAGAGAGAGAGAGAGAGAGAGAGGUACAUUCUUUAGAUAAUGAAUCCAUUCUCAUGUAUUGGUGAAUAUUAAUUGGUAAAUAUGAUUUUGUCAGUUAUCCUUGUGGUCUGUUGAAGUUCUAUGUAAACAAUACAGAAUAAGAAAAGACAUUAGAGCAUCAUAUCAAGUAAAAUAUUUAGAAAUAAAAAUUAACUUUUGA